GCUCAGCGUUCAGUCACUGCGUUCUGUGAGCUUCUGAGUAGAAGAACUUAGUCAUGUCUGGCCGUGGAAAGGGCGGGAAGGGCUUGGGUAAAGGGGGCGCUAAGCGACACCGUAAGGUGCUCCGGGACAACAUCCAAGGCAUCACCAAACCCGCUAUCCGGCGCUUGGCUCGUAGAGGUGGUGUUAAGCGUAUCUCUGGCCUCAUCUAUGAAGAGACUCGUGGGGUACUCAAGGUCUUCCUGGAGAACGUGAUUCGCGACGCUGUCACCUACACCGAGCACGCCAAGCGCAAAACGGUUACUGCCAUGGACGUGGUCUACGCGCUCAAACGUCAGGGUCGCACUCUUUACGGCUUUGGAGGUUAAGGUUAUGUACCUCCUUUUAAAAAGUUUUGUCUUCCCAAAGGCCCUUUUAAGGGCCACCCACUGAUUUACAGGAGGAGCUGUGCUCUAAUGUGUUUUGCGGUAUUCAGAAUUUAGGGUGCCAAAGCAGCUGCAUUACAGUGUGGACUAGGCAUACCUAUGAGUGCCUUGAGGUUUUAAUAGUGUUUGUGAUUUACUCGGAAGUAGAUCCCCGGGUCGCCUGAAGCGCCUCUACCUGGGCUCAAAUCUCAGUUCCCAGGUUUAAAUGCAGCCGAGUAAGUUAACCCUUUUUUGCCCCUUAUUGCCUUUACCCCUUGGUUUGCCUUCAGUGGCCCGCCCUCUUCCAGUCAAUUGGGUAGCGCACUGCUGAGCGCGGAAUCUUUAGCCAAUCAGAGAGCAAGAGCACGAAUGGUAUUGGGGCUGGUUUAGAAGAGGAAACUGCUGAGGCAGCUGGAAGUCCUUGUCUUUUCACCUCAGUUCCUGUGGCGUUUGUCAGGGCCAUAAGCACUUUACCCCUUUGGGUUCCGGUCUGCCCCGCGCUGAAUGGAAUUGGACUAUUACAUACCGGCUAUGGUUAAUUUGGAAACACUGGUGGCGUACUGGUUGAGUGCUACGGCUGCUAACUAAAAAGGUGGACAGUUCGAAUCCACCAGGCGCUAUGGGGCAAUUCUCUGUCCUAUAGAGUCGCUGUGAGUGGGAAUCGACUCAACGGGAACGGUUUUCUUUUUUUAAUGGUUAAUUUGGAGGGAGCCUGUUAAACGGUAAGAUCAUUUUUAGUAUUAGGGUUCAGCCAAUGCACAAGGACCGCGA